CUGCUUCUUGCACCACAUAAUUCUUUCAAGAACUACCAAAACCUUCUUGAAAUCCCUCUCUUUCCUUUUAGUUCAUUUCCAAGAAACCAAUUGAACCAUCAUGGCCCCUGUCACUUCCAGUUAUGAGGUCACCUCCUCAAUCCCUCCUGCAAGGUUGUUCAAGGCCACCAUCCUUGAAGAGAAACAUCUUCACAAGAUCUUGCCACAGGGUGUUAAGAGUGUCGAAAUCCUUGAAGGAGAUGGUGGAGUUGGCACAAUUAAGUUGACCACAUUUGUUGAUGGUGGCGAGCAUAAGACUGCCAAGCAGAGAGUUGAUGGAAUUGACAAAGAAAAAUUUACAUACAGUUAUACUGUACUUGAAGCUGAUGGAUUUAACGAUGUAAUCGAGAAAAUCUGUUGUGUCAUCAAAUUUGAACCCUCUGCUGAUGGAGGUUCAAUCUGCAAAACCACUAACACAUACCACCCCAAAGGUGGUGCUCAGAUCAGUGAGGAACACCUCAAGGGAGGAAAAGAGAUGGGUUUGGGAAUGGUUAAGGCUGUUGAGGCUUACCUCCAAGCAAAUCCUACUGCCUACAACUAAUUAUAAUGAAUGCUACUGAAGGACUCUUCGACAUAUUUUCUUCAAGAUUGAAGUACACACUGAGGGUGUGUUUCCUUUUUUGCUUGUUUUGCUUUAAGCUGUUUGGUUAAGUUAAAAACAAAAUUGAAUCAUAGAGAGAACAAAAAAAAUAAAGUGUUUCUUAUGGAGAAAAAAAUGGAGCUGAUGCCUAAAAUCUCACAUGGAUCCAACUCAGUCCAUUUAAUGGAGAAAAGGCAAAUAACACAACAAGAAUAUGCUCAAAGUUGGAAAAAUGUGCUAUAAUUAUGAUUACUCCUUUAUGAAAUAAAGCUGAAAGCAGCUCAAUUUCUUUUUGUUUUCCA